AUGUCUGUUGAAAAUCUCCACAGCGUGCGCACAAAAUACUUUGCCGACUCUGUGGAAUGGUGUCUCCAUCCGCAGCACCUUGAGACGUUCGCCUGUGCCACUUAUCAGCUCGAGGAGGGUGCUUCCGGACCGGCCAAGAGAAAAGGGUCGAUUUCCAUUUUCAAUUUCACAUGGGAUGAGGAAGGAUCGAAUUUGCAGAAGUUGUUUGAGAGGGAAACUGAUGGUAUUUUGGACCAGAAGUGGCUGAAGAACACCUCAAAGCCUCUCCUGGCGUCAGUCACGUCAUCGGGAGACGCUGUCUUGUACGCCUGGCGAGAGGGACAGCUGGAAGUUGUCUCAUCUCUCAGGGUCAACCCACGAGAUGAGGAGAACAUCGCUCUGUCUCUGGACUGGAGUGCAGAGAAACAAAAAAUACUCGUUAGCGACUCAAAAGGAUCAAUUUCACUGCUUGAUUUGACCAAUUCAACCUCAUUUACUGCCCUCAAUCGAUGGAAAGCGCACACUUUUGAGGCCUGGACGUGUUGCUUUGACAAGAACAACCCAGACAUUGUGCUGACUGGCGGAGAUGAUUCUGUGUGCAGAAUUUACGAUCUCAGGGACUUAUCAAAGGAGAAACUCACAAUUCGCUCCCAUGAAGCGGGCGUCACAUCCUUCCUGACCCUCGAGAGACACUCUAAUAUCUUCUGCACAGGAAGCUAUGAUGAACAUCUGAGAUUCUUCGACAUGAGAUCACCAAAAAACCCUCUCGAUCGACUGAAUCUGAAGGGCGGCAUUUGGCGCAUCAAAUCCAAUCCGCGCGAUGAAGAAUUGCUCCUGUGCGCUUGCAUGUAUCACAAUUUCACCGUGUGCAGAUUGUCCUUCGAGGAGUCCAAAGUUUCCCCCUCAAUCGAGGCGACUUUCAACGGGAAGCACAAAAGCAUCUGCUAUGGCGCCGAUUGGAGUCCGCUGAAGACGUCCAAAGAUGAUCGGCACUUCUUCGCGAGCUGUUCCUUCUACGAUAACCUCUUGAGCGUGAAUUCAUACGCGAAGAGCUAGUGUU